AUGCACCCCUGGCAUUUUUUGGUCACAAUUCGGGCGGCUAAGCACCUCACUCCUCCGCUACUGUACUCUGAAAGUUUACUUGCCAUGUACCAUGGAUCUUUACAUUAUCUGGAGUAUAGAGGAAUUCAUGUAUUUGAGGAGUUAGAACGUUGA